AGAAAUCCAGUCUGGAAGAAGAGAGCGUGUUUUUUUUUUAAGCCCUGGUCUGCAACCCGUGAUUACAUGUCCCGCUUCUAUCACGGGUCUGUCCCGGGUUAGGAACCCGUUCGGUGGCUUGUGCGUCCCGGACAGCGUGCUGUGUGCUCAAUGCUCCCUCGUUUUACCCGCACAGCGCACACACGGGCUCGCUAUCAGCGGUGCGCUUGUUUCCACUGCAGGAGCCAAGCGAACAUGGCGGACGCAGUCUGCAGCACCGCCAGCAAAGCGAAGCCGGGGGCCGGCGGCUGCAGUAACGGAGCCGCCCCGGCGCCGGGGGACAAACCCAACUCCGGCCCCUGGGAGAACUUCGAGGUGCGGCAGCUGAUCCGUGCCUGGGGCGACCCGGGGGUGCAGGCGCAGCUGAACGCAUCGCUGCGCAACCUGCGCGUUUACAAGCACGUCUCGCAGGUUCUGAAGCGGGUCGGGAUUCACCGCAGCCCGGUCCAGUGCCGGGAGAAAGCGAAGAAGCUCAAAGUGGAGUAUAAGAAAUGGAAGAGCGUCGCCACCCGCCGGGGGGACGAGAAGGAGAAGGAGGAUGAUGAUGAGGAGGAGGAGGAGGGGGCCAGCAGGGAGCCGCAGCGGCUGAGGCGGGGGUUCCGGUUCUACCGGGCUAUGGACGCGGUGCUGGGCGGGCAGGGUCAAGGAGAGGCGGGGGUAGCAUCGCGCUCAGACAGCGACUCUCCCACACUGUCAGCAGCAGCACCGCCCCCUGGUGGCGUCGGCGGGGAGCGCAGGGGGGCUCCCGGCGGUGACGUUGAAGAGGAAGAAGAAGAGGAGGAGGAAGAGGAAGAAGAAGAAGACAGCCCCGCCCUUCUCCUGCCAGCCUCGGAGCAGAAGAAAGCGUGGGAGAGCUCUGAGAUCCGGCUGCUGAUCGGGAUGCAGUAUCGAAUGCCCUGGAGUGCACAGUGGAGAUGCCUCGCACUUCCUCGAGCCAUCCUCCUGUCCAGCCGUGUCCUGUGUCCCCGCCGGCCAUGCUGUCCAGAGCCUCGUCCCCCAGCCUGUCUGUCUGCUCUGAGGACUGCGUCCCGAACACAGACCCUCUCUCCCCCCAGCACCGGGCUGUGCCCCUGGGUUCGAGGCGCAGGGGCAGCAGGGGCCCCCGACAGGCGGAUUCGGAGCUGUUCCAGUACCUGCGUGAGAGUGACAGCCAGUACCUGGAGACUCAGAGACAGUAUCUGGCACUGGAGAGGGAGGAGCGAGCCAGAGACAGGGAGGCCUGGCAGGAGAGCCAUCACACAGUGGUGAAGGCAUUGCUGCAGGUGGCACGGGGCUUAGAGAGGGGCAGGGGAG